AUGGGACCAGAGUCUGAGGAGCUGAGACGGCAAGGGCAGGGGCCUGAGGAGCUGAGAGAGAAGGGACCGGAGUCUGAGGAGCUGAGACAGCAAGGGCUGGGGCCUGAGGAGCUGAGAGAGAAGGGACCAGAGUCUGAGGAGCUGAGACAGCAAGGACCGCGGUCUGAGGAGCUAAGACAGCAAGAACCGGGGCCUGAGGAGCUGAGAGAGAAGGGACCAGAGUCUGAGGAGCUAAGACAGCAAGGGCCGGGGCCUGAGGAGAUGAGAGAGAAGGGACCGGAGUCUGAGGAGCUGAGACAGCAAGAACCAGGGCCUGAGGAGCUGAGAGAGAUGGGACCGGAGUCUGAGGAGCUGAGACGGCAAGGACCGGGGCCUGAGGAGCUGAGAGAGAAGGGACCGCAGUCUGAGGAGCUAAGAUAG